GUUAUCAUCAAGCUAAGCAAUUUUGAUCAUGGGAACUUGGGUUCUUGGUUACCCCAUAAUCAAAUUUCCCGCCAUAUCAUUGCUCAAAUGACAUGUCAUUUACCCCAUGUCAGACUGACAAACAACGCCAUUCUUUUCAUUUGUUCUGUGUCGUGUGGAUUUGUAAACACAAAAGUGGAAAAAGUAAACGCAAACGUGUAGAAAUAAGUUUUAAAGUGGGAAGAAAUGCCAAAACUGUACUAUCUUUAGCUGUUUCUGUUUCUGUGUGUGCAAUAUUUGCGAUUAAAUUGUGUCGCAGCUUCACCCAGAAGGUGUCUGGUUAGAUACCCGCUUGUAUUUGGCAAUAUCUUUCAGCGAAAUUCCAUCUAUGCUCAUCUAGAUCAGCAGAUAUGCACUCACCGACAAAUAAUUCGGUGAUAUCCAACGGUAUAAAUUGUUCUAAUACCAUUUACUAUGGCGUGUAUGUGCCUAUUGAUGCUAAGGACUACAGUGAAGGACCCUAUGUCUUCCAAGAUAAAGUUGAAGCUUUGAAAUUGGCAAAGAGGAAUAAAAAGGCGCGGUUCAAAGCCUUCCAAUUCUAUCAUGAAGCUGCAGAAUUUGCAAUGAAUGGCUCAGAAUGUCCUAAUAACAACCAUACAAUAACAGGAUUAUUCACUUCUAAGCUAUCAGAGACUACACAGACAAUAGGUGAAAAAUCCAGUCCUUUCAAAGGACCUAAACCUCAAGAGCUGGUUGAACUUAGGAAAGCAAUAGAGUCAGGCAACUAUAAGUUUGUCAAAGAGACAAUUUGGCAGAAUCCUAGGUAUUUGGUUAGUAAUGGAGAUACACCAUCAAUUCUACAGGAGGGACCUAGGUAUAAUGCACUCCAUGUGGCAGCAAAAUCAAAAAACGCUGAAAUAGCGGAACUGAUACUAUCCACCAUUUCAAACACUGAAUUCAUAAAGCUGUUGUAUGGUGACGAUAACCAGCAGAAUGCCGAAGAUAGAACUGCCGUUUUGUUGGAUUUGUACCUCAAUACUCCAAACAAGGGCUUGAACGAGACUCCACUUCAUUUUGCCGCGAAACAUGGUGCUGCGGAAGUCGUGGAGCUGCUUGUUUCAUAUCCACAGUGUGAUAAAAGUACCAGAAAUAAAUUCCAUAAGUCAGCUGCAGAGAUUAUUUGCGAACGCGCAGACGGUAACAAUAUACAAGCUGUGAAAAAUAAAAUUCAGUUAUUACUUCAGGAUAGUUAUUAUGUACCUGUUCUAAGAGCUGAAGACAAUAGUCUACCUCCAACAGUUGGCGAACCUUUUUCUCCCACUACACCACCUGUACUUAACAAAGAUCCCCUCAGCCCUAGGCUGGAAAUUCAUGCCUAUGCGGGGCCAAUGGAUAAAAAAGAAGCUCAGGAAUUCAGAAGAGUGUGGAAAACACCGCCGCGUACUUUGAAUUUUAAUUCGCCUAGCAGGAAACCAAAUGAAAAUGUCAGUGUCACUUCAUUGAGGUAUAAGGAUCCUGACAAAGGUCUCGAAAGGAUAGGCAAGAGGUUGGCCAAAGACUAUGAUGUUAGCUGGAAAGAGUACUGGUCAUUUCUCGGAAGUUUUGUAGACAUUACAUCAGACGAAGGCCUUCACUUACUAGAAAACUACUUUUCCAAACGGUUCUCGGCUCUGAACCUUUCGUGUAACUCGGAAUCGUCAAACGUCGAUCUGAAUUUGUCAAAAGCCGGAUGUAUUGAGUCCUAUAUCCAAUUUGUGUUCGGCGUUUACGGCGGCUUGUAAUCUGAACGACAGCAUGGAUCUUAAAGUUGACAACGAGUCAUUGACGUAUAUUGACAAAGCCUGUCAGGUGUUUGCAAACAGGAUAUCAAAUGACAUUCUGCAUAUCUUGUGCAACGAGGAUAACAUUCUGCCAGUGCUCGAAGUGGAAAUAAAACAAUUGGAAUACUUGAUAACGAGCUAUAUGGAAGAUGAUAGGUUUUCGACUGUGAACUUCCAAAAAAUUCAUUCACGUCUUGGCAGCCUGGUCGGGCAAAAAUUAUGCAACAAUAUAAAGGAAGAAGCGCGGGUGUUUCUGUGUAGCAAAAUAGAAAAUGUGCUCGAUGUCAUCACAAAGAGUGUCGAUUGCUUCUCUUCGGAUGAUGAGGGGCACAAUUUCAUGGAAUGCUCCGAAAAUAGGUAUGUUCAGUAAAUUACAAUUUACCGCGCAAAACAUAUGGCGAAAGGGUUGAAUUUGUAGUAUGUUGUAUGUUGUAUCGAGGACCAAAUGUGAGGAAUAUAAGUAUCCAGUAGUAUAUUAUUCUCACCAUCCUCUGUAUAUGUUUUAGCAGAGAUGACUUUUCUCUACCUGUCAAACAAUUCAAAUCAUAAUAAACAUUCUUUGCUUCCAACCAUCCCAUCAAAGUCAGCCACCA